UUGACUCAUAGUCAUGGCACUCAGUCUCCCCCCGUCGACUCCCGCCUACUGCGUACUGUCGGUCCCCAUAUCUCUCCCAACCCCGCAACCCCCCAGUCAGCUUCUCUCGGAUUUGUCCGAUAAGACAUCAAAUCCGCCAUCGUCGACACAAAUCCCGUCUUUCGUCCGGCGCAACCAGUCAGGAUGGCCACCAGGAUUCCAUGUGGAGCGCCCACCGGCGACGUUGGCUUAUCAAGCAACAUCGCUUUGGUCUGAUAGCGCUUCCUUCUUAUAUGCCUGCCUUUCCGUGUCUCGUAGGAUUCUUAAUAAUGCUUGGGAUCAAGGCCAACUUGCCGUAAAACCCCGUCCAUUUGUCUUUCCUUCUGUUUAUUUAUGAACCAUCGACUGUCGAACCUCAGCGAUUGCGUCAUCGUCCAUUGAGUAGCCCUGCAUAGAAGAAUCCGUGUUGUCCGCGAUGGCUCCUCCGUUGGAUCUAUCCCAUCACUUUUCCUACGCCACCAAACGGCGCGAGGCCAGCUCAAUCAAAGAUCUGUAUAAAUACUUCUUGAUCCCGGGCAUUGCAAACCUAGCCGGUGGUCUUCCAAAUGCCUCCUACUUUCCCUACGACACCCUCGAGGCGUCCGUCGCUCGUCCAGAGCGCUUUGCACCCUCGGAUUCUGAUGCGAAAACGAAAUCUUCAGGGGACCCGCGCUCAUCCGCUCGGGUGACGGUCCCCAAAGAGAGUUCAACGGCCAAUCUGCAAAAGAAGAUCGAUGUCACCACGGCCCUGCAAUACGGAACCAUCGAGGGUCUUCCUCCGCUGGCUGAAUUCGUCCGCCAAUUCACCCGCGAGCAUCUGCAUCCCAACGUGCCCUACGCCAACGGUCCCGAUACCUUGCUGACCUGCGGCGCGACCGAUGGCUUCUCCAAGGUCAUCGAGGCCUUCACCAAUAUCUGGGACCCAGAUCGCGACUGGAUCCGCCAUCGCGAGGGCAUCCUCUGCGAGGAGUUCGUGUACAUGAAUGCCGUGGCUACCGUCAAGCCCCGUGCUCUCAACGUGGCGCCGGUCGCGAUCGACGCCCAGGGGAUGCUGGCGCACGGCAAGGGGGGUUUGGCGGACGUGCUCAGGAACUGGGAUAAUCGGAAAGGUCGCCGGCCGCAUGUCCUAUACACCAUCACCAUCGGCCAGAAUCCCACGGGCGGCAUUCUGUCCGUCGAACGACGAAAAGAAAUCUACGCUCUCUGUCAGCAAUACGAUAUCAUCAUCGUCGAGGAUGAUCCCUACUGGAAUCUGCAGUACCCCUCCGCGAAGAGUCUCUCCGCCCAAUACCGCGGCACGUCCGUCGACACCGCGUCGUCGACGCGCAAUUACAACGCCCACGGCCGGUCAUCCGGAUAUAAAUUCCUAGACUCCCUGGUCCCGUCGUAUCUGUCCAUCGAUACGGACGGGCGCGUCGUUCGCCUCGACACGUUCUCCAAAACCAUCGCGCCCGGAUGUCGUCUGGGAUGGGUCACCGCGCAGCCGGCGAUCAUCGAGCGGAUCGCUCGCAUCGGGGAGACAACGACGCAGCAUCCCUCGGGCUUUGUCCAGGCCAUGGUGGCCGAGCUCAUUUUGGGACAGCAGACCGACGACGCCGCUGCUGCGACCAAGAAGCAGGGCGAUCAGGGCUGGAAAAUGGACGGCUGGGUGCGAUGGCUGGAAGGGCUGCGAGGAGGCUAUGAAGAACGCAUGCAGGACAUGUGCAGCACUCUCGAAGAAGGCAAAUACAUCAUCGAUGCAGGUGAUGACGCAGAGGCCGCGGACGAAAGCGCCUGGGAGGUGGUGGACAAAGUACAGAUGUACGAUUUUGUCUGGCCAGAGGGCGGCAUGUUCGUGUGGAUCAAAGCGUCCUUCGAGACUCAUCCCUUGCAUGGGAAGUACCCCGUCGAGAAACUGUCCCGAGCAUUCUGGGUGUUCCUGACGCAAUCUCCACACCUCUCUCUGCUGGCCCCUGGCAGCUUGUUUUCUCCCUCUCAGCAGAUCGCGGACCGAUCGCAUCCCUACUUCCGAUUGAGUUUCACGGCAGUUCCUAGAGACGAUGUCAAGAGAGUCACCGAGAGACUGGUGAAUGGUUUCCGCGCAUUCUGGCAGAAGAAGGAUCUGGAUGGCAUUGACGUAGAUGGUGAUGUAUCAGAAAUGCUUCAGUCCUUGCGGGUGGGGGGAGUGAGCAACAUGCUGGGUAUGGGUUGUUAAUUAGAUUGUUAUUUUCGCGUAGCGGCAUUUCCUUUUUUCACUAAUAUUAUCAUUUAUUUGAU